GGGCGUCCUCUUGACCAAGUGCACAGUGCUCUUCUUUGAUCUCAACCUCGGCGUGGACGAGAUGCGGCACCAGGCAUCGCUCUGGGCUGGUGGCUUUGUCGGUAUCGGCGUCGUCUUCUUCGCCUCGCUCGUGCUCCAGAACCACCAGUUUGCCAUCGCUUGCGAGCGCCUUACGUCGCGCAUUCGUGGCUUGUGCUUUGAAGCGAUGCUGCGCCAAGACAUUGGCUGGUUUGACGACGAGAAGCACUCGUCCGGCUCGCUCACGACGCGCCUCGCGACCGACUCGGCUGCCAUCCGCACCAUGACGGCCGAGACGCUCAACGCGAUGCUCGUCAACGUUGCGUCGCUCUCGGUGGCGUUUGCGAUCGCGUUUUCGCAGAGCUGGCAAAUG